UGGUCCUUAGAGUAUGUGAUUUUCCGAGCUUUACCUGGCAGCGUUUCGGAGGCUUUUUCUCCUGGCGCUGCUAACGUUUUAUACCAUAUUAAUACUUAAGAUGGGUUACGGAUACAGUGAUGGUCAGUGUUGUGAUGGUGAUGCAGGUGACGGAGAUUCAGUUGAGAAUAGUGCUCGGACAGCCUUGCUAUUUAGAAGUCAAGAUGGAGAGAUGACGCAAAUGUUGAUCAAUAACUCUGAUAAUAAUUUGCGAGGACGGAAAGUCACACUAGUCCGAAAUACUUCUUCUGCUGACGGCAAUAUUUCCUUCGUCUGCCAAAGCGGCUUGUCCGGAAAAGAGCCUCCAACGCACGUUUGUCGACCUGUGAGUUUCACCUCAGUGCAAAGAGACGGGGACGAUCCAUUUAGGUUUAUUGAUGAAAGCGCGAGAACUUCCAGCGAAGAUUUGCCUAGUAAACAGGGGCUCGCAGACAGCGAUUUUUUUAAGAGUGGAACUCAGCGGACUCGAAUGCCUUUGAGCAGCGGCGGUCCAACCUGUAAAGCCGGAGUUCCAGGCCGAAGUUGCGAUGAUGACGUAGAGAUUGCGGUGAGUGUUGAUGCUCAAGACGAAGGAGAUCAUCAAGUGAAGUGUGAUGUGAUUAGGAAACAUUCUUCUGAUACUGAAGGUGAUAAUGAUGAAGGGGAAUCGGGAACACGCAAAACCAGCGCAGGAAUAUCGUCGGAAGUUUCUGAUAAUGCCACGAACGCCGCUGAGGAUGAGACGUUCUGCGGUGCUGGUAGAACUUAUCUAUGCCGUCUCGUCAGAACCGUCAGUCGCAUCCUGUUCUGCUGGUCUAGCCGCUCCGGAAAGGGCUGCAGAGUUGUCAGCUGCGGGAGCAGCAACAGCAGCAGCAGAAGCAGCAGCAGUCGCGCAUAUGCUGCAGAGCAGCAGGCUGCAGCACCUGCAGCAAAUGUAGCUGUGCAGCAGCAGUCUGGUCUCUACAUCACAAUUACCCCUGAAGCGCCCUCGCCGCUGACGGUUGACUGCUUCUCAUCGACGGUCUCGCUGGACGCUGAUGCCUCGGAGCGCCUCCUGCCGCAGCCUGCGCGCGCCGCUGCCCGAGCGGCCGCGGCGGACGCCGGCGUCGGGACGGCGAUCGUGCACAGGAAGUUCCUCACCCUCCACAGACGCAAGAAACGCAAGCCUGCCGCCCCCAUGGCCCCCCAUAAGGCCCUCCUUGAUGAUCUCUAUCCUGGGCCCACGCAAAAUGUGCUGGAGCGUGUGGGCGACUGGAACUUUAACGCGUUCGCCCUGGACAGCGUCACGGGAGGGCGACCUGUGUCGGUGUUGUGUGUGUAUCUCCUGCAUCGCUACAACCUCAUCCACAGCUUCCAUAUGGACACCGUCACGGUCUGGAAGUGCUUUAGUCUUAUAGAAGAAGGCUACCAUACAACCAACCCAUACCACAACGCCCUCCAUGCCGCCGACGUUACUCAGGCUAUGCACUGCUACCUGCAAGAGGAAGUGAUUCGGCAGCACAUGACGCCACUGGAGACCCUAGCCGCUCUGCUGGCCGCGGUGUGUCAUGACCUCGACCAUCCCGGCGUGAACCAACCUUUCCUUAUAGCCACUGACAAUCACCUGGCUGCUCUAUACAAGAACCUGAGCGUGCUGGAGAACCACCACUGGCGCUGCGCCAUGGGGUGUCUGUGGGAGUCCGGGUUGCUGGACGGCUGGGCGCUGGAGGAUGUCGACCAGCUGCAGGAUCAGAUCCGCUCCCUCAUCCUGGCCACCGACAUCACCCGGCAACAGGAGUUCCUCACCCGCUUCAAGAAAUACCAGGAAGGAGGCGGACUCGACAUGACACAGCCCGAGGAUCGCCACUUCUCCCUGCAGAUCGCCCUCAAGUGCGCCGACAUCUGUAACCCAUGCCGCCCCUGGGAGGUCUCGCAGAAGUGGUCCCAAAAGAUUUGCGACGAAUUUUACCGUCAAGGAGACUAUGAACGACAACUGAACCUCCCCGUGACUGCUCUCUGCGACCGUUACGCCACUUCCAUUGCCAAAAUUCAGACAGGGUUCAUCGAGUACGUUGUAAGUCCGUUGUUCGGCGCAUGGCAUGAAUGGCUUGGGACGCCUCUCUCCUCUGCCAUGCUGCAUAACCUGCAGUCAAACCUGCAUGAGUGGAAACAAAGACUGGCAGAAGAUCCUCUUCCUAAAAGUCCAAAACCUCUUCUCCUGAACGCCCCUCCAUUGUUAACUGAUUCCGAGGAAAAAUCCAAUGUGUCGAUUAAAGAGGUAGUUAGCAGCUGUAGUAGCAGCAGUAGCGGAGAUAAUCCCAGCGAACCUGUGGGGGAUCUUUUCAGCCAGUCUGCGUUCUGUGGCCAACAGACUGUGGUCGGUAGACGUCACUCGCUUCCGUUGAAUGUGCCGAGUAUGUUGCCUCGAACUGUGAUGAGGCGGGAGAGUUUGUCCAGUGACGGUAAACAUCCCUUCUUGUUGGAGACCGUACACAUGGAAGAUAUGGCUUUAUCAACAUUAUCUCAAGCUGAUAACGAAAAUGCCGACGCUGAUAUGGUGUCUAUUGUGACACGACUCUCUGACACUUCUGACAUAUCUCCAUCCAAGACGCGUGUGAUGACAGGAUCUUGUCAUCCCAAAUCAGGACGACGUCGACUAUCACUUCCACAACUGUCAGCACAUCAGUACCGAACAAAGCCCCCUUUGGUAUCUCUGCAACCUCUACCAGCCACGCCAUCGGUUGAGGAACUUCGUGUUCCAAGCAUCACUCCAGCCACGGUUGAUGGUUCAACUGGUGGUGAAGGUCAAGGGCAUUCAAAUCAAAGUAACUCUGAGUCUUCCAAUGCAAGCAAAGUGUCGGCCGAGUGUGGAAGUGGAGGUGGCGUUGCUAAAAUGAAUCCAAGUGCAGUGAAUUUUCAAACGAAUAUGCCAGACGAUGUGUUCAGGACAAUUGAAAGUUCAAAGUGUUCAAUAGGGGAUUCUUUCCCCGCCAAUGAUGCUAAACUUACUUCAACUCAUAGUAUUUCAAUGCGUACAAAUAUUGAUAAUUCAGGGAACGAUUUCGUUUCCCAGCUACCUGACAUCUUUAGUUCUAGUAGUAACCAUCAUUACCCUGCUAGAUUUUUGCGCCGUGCUUCUCUAGACAGCAACACGUGCACUAACAUUAAUCUCAAUGAGAACCUGAACCUGCAAUAUCAUCGUAAUGACAACCAGAAUGCAGGUCUUAGUUUUCAUUCCUCUGGCACUCAAGUCCCUCACGAGGGCAAAUGGCCCCGACGAGGGAGCCUGGCGGGGGACAAGGAGAACAGAGCGCCCAGUCGCGGCCGGGCGGCCCUGCUGGCACGUACGCGCUACUGGCGCUCCCUCAACCACGACGACGGCACCGACGCAGUGUCCCGGUCGCUGCUCUCUAAAGAUAUUAUGCAGCAGGUAAGCCAGUCACCCGCUGCCCUCGGUCGGCGAGGGUCGGCACCCGUCCUGCAGCUCGACUCCCUAAUGAACCGCACCGGCUACACGGCGGGUGACCUUAAAUCAGACUUGUCACCCGAUCGCAACUCGAGCGUCCUCACAGCACGACGGGCGUCCGCACCCGCUCAGCAACUGCUCAUUGGCUUGAGGUCGAGGAAACACUUCAGCGAAUCCACUAACGUGCCUGGCGAUCAAGAGGUGUCGUGGCAAGGAUGUCAACUAAAUGCAAACCUCAAUGAAAUAGACUCUUUUCCACCUUCUAUCAUGAGCGAUAAUGCUUAUUACACCAGUCGUGCUCCUGGAAAUCUCGGUGCUAGAAGAAAAGCCUUCUCGGAGAAAAGGAUUCUCGGGAACUCCAAGAGUUUCGACCUAGUGUCGUCUCGCCCAAAACUCCGAAGCGUACCACCUUUCAUGCGGCGAACGAGCUCCGCCGGAAGGUCCUUUUCGUGCACGCUACUUAGAUAUUCAUUGAAUAACCAAGCAUCUGAGCACAUGUCAUCUCAUGGUGCAUCUGCAGCGUAUGAAGUCAUCAACGAGUCGGACAUUCUGACGACAUCGAAGAUGGACGAAGAAGCUCAAGUUGAGGGCAGUGAGAAUGGCAGAGAAUUUCUGAAAACGGAGGUGACGACCGUAGAAAAAAGCGUUCGUCCUCCGUUGUGUCGCACCAAUUCCCUGCCAAUCUUCGGUUGCUGCUCGACUCCAAUAGAAGAGGCAAGAGGCAUCGUGGACCACCUGACAGCCGUGGCUCGAGAAAGCUCUUCGCUGAGCCACAGCACCGCGCCCGGCAGCGUACAGGUCCCCCCGAGCCACCCCAGCGAACUACCUCCCUCCGUCGCGUCCAGGCUCGGACUGGACACUAAUAAUAGAAGCUGCCAAAGCCAAGCGGCAGCGUUGAGGGGAGGCAUGGGUGGAGGGGGGUCGGGGCAGCCAUGCUACGACCCGAUGCGCCCCCGCGACGCCAAAGACGUCGACUUCUCUGACAACUUCGGCGCCGCGGCAGCCGAUGUCCUGACCAACAUGUAUCGGUUUCGACACGAGUGUGGGGUGAGUCAGGAGUCGAGUGACGACAUGGGUGACUGGUACUCAUCGUCGGGGGACGAUGGCACCCCCAGUACCCCAGGGUACCCCUUCCCCAACCCUGCUCGCCCAUUCCCCCACCAUUAUCAUCACCACCAUCUCUCUGUCAGACGCGGCUCUCUCCCUUGCAACUUUUCAUUCUCAGGUGACUUAAGACUCCUGGAAACGUCCUAGCAUAUAACUCAGAAGUCCUACAUCAGGAGUCGUUGGAGCAGACUUGUGAUCGUCUCGUAAGGAGUGAAGGAUUCCUCUUGGCUUUCGGUGCUAAACUCGGUAUCUUCUUAUGUUUCUAUGGCCAUUUUUAUAUUGAAAAUAAUUGUUUUGAGUACGCCUUAAAACGAACAGAUUGCAUGGGAUUUUAAGAGAUAUAUGAAAAUACUGAGCAUUAUUUGAAUUGAACAUAAAAAAAGAGAACAAUAUAAUUCUGCUUUGUUUUUCAAGGCUUACUGAAUGCGCCUGUUCGUGUUAUCGCCAGCAUUCUAAUCGAUUUUAAUACCGAAAAAUAGGCCUCCGAAUUUUUUGUUAAUUCUUUUAAAUAGAUAAACCCUGUCGUUCAUAAAUAGAUGGCAGUACGAAAUUUCGAAAGAAGAUUGAGUUGUGAACAAUUCUUCCUAUUCUCUCUCUUGCAAUUACCUUUUCUAGGACGCGCAUAUACGUGUGUAAUAUUGUACUAAACUGUGUCAGAUUUAUUUAGGUUUAUUUCUUUCGUGCCAAGAAAAACGUCCGCCCUGUCUAUCGUAGAUGUGCCAACGGUCUUUUGAGUGGCCUACCAGCGUACCAUAAUAAAUAUUAGUUGUGAAAAUUCGUGCUGAAUUCUUUACGGUUACAAAGUUAAUUCUGUUAUAGGUUAUGAACGCACGGUUUAUCCGAACGCAUUGUGCAAAAAUGCACGUUUUCACUGCCAUUUAUGGUAUUUUGCUCGGACAGCUUGUAUUCAAGUACGCAAAAUUUGAAGGAAGUGGAAUCAUCUACAUUAGAAGUGGAAUCAAAAUAUUUUUCUUUCCAUUCGUUCCUCAAGAAAAAAAGUAAUUUCUCGGGAUAUUAAGUCUUGAGUUGUUGCGUUGGUUAAUGCUUGUGCUCCGUAGGCAUUAGUUUCACUGUCCUAGGUAGGUCUCUCAAUCUAUAAAUAUGCAAUUUUCGCCAAUGUUUAUCUUAGGGUUGCUGAUGAUAAAGUAAAUGUUUUUACGUGUAGACAUGCGUGUGUGUUACGCGUAGUAUUACAGAUGAAUACACACAUCUUAUGAUACAUCGAUGUGAUGUCGCUCUCUUUCUCUCUUGAUCUCUCUUUCUUCCUCAUUACUAAGGUCUUUAUGAUUUCCUUAGAAUAUAAUAAUUGUUUCAUAUGAAGGAGCUCAGCACUAAGAAUUGCUAACACGGAGGCAAUAGCGCAUGGAGACUGCAGCGCACAAUAAACAUGGAGAUGAAUUUAGUGAUAACUUUGCUGAUGCGUGAUUUUGACAUGUUUUCUCAUACAAGCUAGAGUCGAGAGUGUAUGUGAGGUGGGCUAACGACUACGUUGUUUUUAACAGUUUCGUCACUGUGCGGUGGUUAGAUUGCUUGUAGACGCCUCUUACCAGGUUGUUAAGUGUGUAUCCGGCAAGAAAUCGAAUAAAAAUUUCAGGAUUGAUCCUUUCGAAAAGUUUAUAAUCUAUGGACGAAUAGCAAGCAUUUUACCUAAUCUUAAUAUGAGAGAAUAGUUGCCUUGGCUAGGUCUGAAUAACUGGCAAUCGCCAUUGGAGCAACUGGUUUAUGGGUAGUAUCAUUAAAAUUAGUUUUAUUUUCAGUAAUAUAUCUUAUGUAUUAUUUGUUUCAUGAAAACCUUAAACUUUCAAUUAAGUUUCUAUGAUGAAUUAUGUCCGCUUGCACGCUGGCAUGUCUCAGUUUUGCUCAUGCGAACGGAACACUGCUAGAAAAAUUACCAUCGGGUUGUAGGUAAUUUACCAUCCCCAUUAAUUCUUUGGUAUUCAUCAUCAAUUCAUGGUAAUCAUCAAUUACCAUCAAUUCUAUCACUACAAAAGCGUGCAUAAAUAUGUAAUGGUUUGGAAUUUUCAAAUUCAGACUUUUUAAUAUUAUAAUCCGGCGAUAUAUUGAUCAGCGUUUGGAGUUGUCAUAGAUUAUUGCAGAGAAUAGGAAAGGACUGUGAGUAGUUGUAUACGUUUUUGUUAAAAUCCAGUAUUUUUUCACCAAAAGUUAUGCAUUGAAAGCUCCUAUGAUGACGCUCCUACUGGAUAUUUUACUUAUUUUUUUAAACAGAACAAUAGGUGCCAAACUGUUUGGUCUUAUUCCUUAAAUUUUCGGUUAUUGUGUCCAUAAAUUGUCGCCUACUAUCCUAUGACGAUCUGAGUGGGUGUAAUCUGUGUGAGCUCAAUGUGAAUGUUUGUAAAAUCGUUGUUAAUCCAUAGAUGCUAGAAUAAAUGUUGGUAAUUUAGGGUCAACGGCUUGGUCAAUCAUAAUUGAUUUAAGAUCCAUAUUAACCGAUGGUGGGUUAAUUUGGAAUCGACUUUAAAGUCGUUCUUGGUUAUAUGAUCAAUUUUGGCUGAUAUUUAGAAUCAACGUUGACUUUGUUGCUGCUCAAGCGAUAAACCUAGUGCGGCGAAGAGGAAUUAGUUUGCAGAAUGGCGUAAUUCUGUUACAUGUGCUUUGUUGCAGUAGUUAUGUAAGUGUUGCGUAUUCAUAUGUCGUGUCUGGUAAAUGAAUAUCAUUUUAGACGACUUGUGUAGCGGAUACAUGAAAUUUCUUGAUGAUAUUUUGAUCAUCAUUGAGACAUGGUACGUUUUACUGCGGAAAGUUUCGAAGGGGAAUUAGAUGAAAUUAUUUACAAUCGCCAGCAUUUUAGUUAUUCACUGGAUUCAUACGCAAUUUCUCCUAUGGCCUUUUGAAUUUAGUAUUCAGUUUCUGGGAGCAAAAAUGUUGAUGUUCAUAAUGAAUUACCUUCACAGCUGUAGAAUUAAAUAUUUUAUUUAAACAAAAGAAAAUUACAAACAAUUUGGGUUGCAUAGCAGCGCAUGAGUGAUAAAAAUUUUUCUUAUUUGCUUUAAAGAUAUUAUCUCUGAUUUUUUCGUUCAAAGUAAUCUUUAUGCCUUAAAUGGGCGUAACAAUUUGCGGGCAAAUUUCGCUAACGAAAUUUUAAAUCUCUGUCAGUGCGCGCACAGAUCGUUCGUGAAUGAAUCCUAUUGUUGUUAUAAUGGGAGUGCUGGAAACAAAGCUCACUAUUCUCUGUAGUCUCAUGAACGUAUGUUGCCUGCGAAUCGUGUAUCACUAUGCGCGAAGCUCAAUUAUGAACAUCGCGAAACGAACAACUCUUUACGAAUUCAUAAAACAUUUUUCAUGACUGACAUGUAUUAAACACGAUAUUUGCUUCUAGUUAAAUUUCUAUUUCAUUUAUAUGACUUCAAAACGUAUUCUCGGAACAUCAAUGAGGCGUGGAAAUUAUUUUUUUCCGGAAUUAUGUGUUAUUAAUGUUCGUAUGUGUAUCGUAGGUAAUUGUGAAGGUUACUAUAAUUUGAUUUUAAAGUUAAAGAUUGGAUGGAUGUCGUCAAAGACUGAGUGGCAAUUGGAAUGUGGAUGCUAAAUGGCAAUUAAAAUGUAAAUUUGGCUAUUGGCAUGUUUUGUUUGCAUCUUUUCUCUGAACGUAUGAAGUUUGUUCAACUGUGCUUGGCUGAAAUUUGUUGAGGUCAUUAGUUCGUUGGCGCCAUUAAUCUGUUCCUGAAAAGCAACAAAAGUUUGAGAAAUGAAACUCUUCCUCUGAAUGGGAGUUUAUGGCUAGAUUUUCAUACGUGGCUCAUAUCUCUCAGCUUUGUACAUUAUCGUGCUUGAAGCAAUGGAGCAGAAUUUAACUUUAUUUUGUUUUAUUCGUUGAUAAUGAAGUUUUUAUUUCAGCGUUGAUAUGCAUGGCUGCUGGCAGUCAUUUUAUACCCGAUAAAUAUGUAACGUUUUAUUGUAAUUUUAACGGUGCACUCAUGUGAACUCGGUUUUAUUUGGCUUGAAAUGAUCUUGUGAAUUUGUUAACAUGAAGAGGAGAAAUUGUUCCGGAAUAAUUUGGGUCACAUGCUGUCAUUCUUAGAUUUUGAGUGAAGUUAACCAUAAAUAUUCAGAAAAUUGGCAAACUGUACUAAGUUUGAUUUAGUUGUUUACUGGUAACCACGACAAUUUUAAUGUGCUUCUCUUGCAUCUAGAAAUAAAACGGUUUGAGAAACGUAGAUAUUAGGUUCAUUUCAGUUAAAUCUAUCAAAAUACGAAUAUACCUCAUACAUUUGGAAUAAAACCGCUACAAUUUACUUGCUAAUGAUAUAUUUCGAAGGGUGACAAGUUUGUUUCGGAACAGUUUCCUCGCUACCUCGAGAUACACAUAGCCACAUGCGUACGUUUUUUAUUACAUAGGACCUGAAUGCUGCAUUUGCGACGACACUGCUCUUGUAUUGCUCAUGCAAUUUAGGGUAAAGAUGUUAAUCGUUGAUGAUUGUGUAAUAUGUUGAGAUCAUCUUA